AUGAAGUUUGGGGCCAUAUUGUCUGACUGCGGGGGUGAAGCUUCGAAGAUCCUGGCGUCCGACCUGAUUAAUGUUUGCAGCGACAAGAAUGUCAAACAGUCCCUCAGAAUGUGUUCGCGCAGCCUGAAAGAUAAGGGGGUGUCUCCACUUGGCAAGAUUAAUGCCAUGCAGUUCGUGGUGAUCGUUGCACUUUCUAACGACCACAACGCAUACAAAGUCGCGUCUUCACCUGUCCUAAACAUUAUAGCACGCCUCGGGGGUGCCAAUUCCGGUAGAAGUCGUCUUACCCUGUUCGGAGAAUGCGUCAACAAGUCUCAGCUUUUAAAAUGCGCAAAAUACGCCAACAGCGUCAUAGAGACACUUUCAAAGGUGGAGGCUUUUGAUCUGACUCUUCAUCAAUGCUUACCUUUCGGCGUUAGAUGUUUGUUGCACAAGUGCAACAGCUUAAGGCUCAAGCAACUUGCAACAGGUUCUACUUCCCUGACCAACGCAACAAGCAACGUUAAAAUACCUGGAACAUCGUCGUACGCGAGCUCCGUCCGGGAUGCGGUUGAAUCCGUUACUUCAAAAUCAUAUCGCACGCGUGCGAAGGAACUUGAGUAUCGUGUAUCUCAAAUAGAGGACGAGAUGGAGGAACUUGGAGUGACUGCGACCGCCGAUGCGACUACACAACAAAAACGUGCGGGUGUGUCACCCAGAUCGGAUGCUAAAAUAAUGGAGCUGGUUAGCAACUUGUGUUAUCUCAGGGGGGAGUGCAGUAGCCUUUUGAAUGAGAUGAUAGACGCUGACUAUGGCUGUAUGCGCACUAACGUCACGGACCUAAUCAACCACAUAAAGAUAUUGGAAACCCACUGCUCUGGUGUUUAUACGGGAGAGGGGGAGUAUAACGAUCUUGCUGCAUUGAAUAUAACAUUCAACGCUUUGAAAAGUGACCGUAGUGGCGUUGCGGGAGGCUUUCAUACAGGCAGGGAAGCUUUGGAAAUACCUGAUGUAACAAGGGAUGAUUGUAUGUCAACGUAUUCUUUCAAGACAGCCAUUAAUGAUGUCAUUUCACGGGACCACUGGGCAGCGGAGAUAGUGGCAAAUGAGAAUAGAUCAGCUAAGGAAAUGCCCCACACAGUACACUGUCAUAGGGAUGAUAAAACGGGAUUGGACUCUGCUUUUGCAUCAAUAGAGUUGAAUGAUGCCGAAAGAGAUAAAUGCAAUAUACAUGUGAACCGGGAUGUUGUAAGUGUGACCAAUGACGCAAUAUCCAGCAUCAGUGGAGCAAACGCGUCACCGAAUGGUACGUCGGGUAAUAGCAUGACAGACGCCACAAACGACGACAAGCGGCUCGGCGGUGCGAAGGCUGAAGAGUCAGUAGAGUCGCCAGAUGCGGCAUUUCACACCAAUGGAACAACUCAUGAACCGCCUGUAACAGGUGCAACACAGAUGUAUGCCCAAUCAAAUGUGCCCGCCAUAACCGGAGAAUCAUGUCCUCUUCACGGUUCUAAUGAGGUACUGCCCAGUGGUUUAAAGAAUGGUUCUAUACAAUCUAAAGCAGCGGAAAACGAAGGCAAACAACUCGCCAGAAUGAACGACGUGGGCGAUGUUGUGUAUUCGUCUACAAACGAGCUUCGCAUGGUACGGGAUGGUGUCAAUGAGGGUCAUGAAGGUAGACAAAAUCAAGACGUUGAAACUUCCACCAUUGAAUUGCCAAGUGGGCAGAAUCUCCGUUUUGCAGGCACCACCGGUACCAAAUUCCCGUGCACGCAAUCAACUCAGGCUGCUGAUACUGACGUGCAAUGCGCCCAUGACGAUGCACGUCUGAAUCAUGCGCCACUGAAUCAAGUUUCCAAUAUUGGCGUGGUUAAUGAGGAAGUCGACACUGAUGAUGAUACCAGUCACUACGAUGUAAAUGACAGUAUGUACACGAAUUUGCGAGGAAUACGCAACAACAUUGUCUUCCGUGAUUCAGGCAUUUACAGUGACAGUGAUUUAAAAGUAUCAUUGGUUCAACGGCUUGAAGUAGAAGGAGAUGGGGUAGUGGCCGAUUGCCACCUCACUCUGGAAAACCGAGGAGUUGAGACUAUGCAUGAUUUGCGAUUCGAUUUUUUGAACUUCGAACACUUCCCCGUCCGCCUAGUAUUAUCACCUAUAGAUGAAGGAUCUAUGGAAAUUUCGCCGCUGAGCUCUGUGGAUAUUCACUUCAAGGUGUACCCAUUGGCCCCCUUCAUUGGUCUCCCCAAGGUUACCGUAACGAUUUCUAUUGGAUCUGAGCGUGUAGAAAGGAGUUACACACUUUUCCUCCCAUUGCCGAUAACCAGUUUUCUGUGUUCGGAGUCUAGUGAAGAUUUGGAUGUGCUUGAGACGUUGCGGCGGCAAUCUAGGUCAUAUUUUUUGGCGCGCAACACCGUACCCUUCGAUAGGGCCCUUCAACUUGUUACAUUGAACAACCAUCUGCCGAGUUUCAAGAUUGAAGGCCAGCCUGGCAGUACAUUUAUGCUGGCGUCCUUCCGCCAGUGUAUGUACCAGGAUGAGAAGAGCGAAGGUGCCAGCAGUUUCAAGGUGCUGAUUAUGAUUGAAGCAGCUAACGAGCCUACUUCAUUCAACAUGUACGCCUUUUCCGAUUCUGAUCGACUGGCUGGCGCUGUCGCGCAGCUGUAUCGGUACCUCUUUCAUGGCCAAGAAAAAAAGUUAAUCGCAAUGUGUGAUAUCUUGAAUGAUGUUGACAUAAAAUACACUUCUCUGGCCGAUAUUAAGCCCGGUACACGGCGCGCUGCCGUUAAAGGCGUUGUCGUUGAGCUUGUGGACGAUCCUCCUCAAAGUGCGACGCAUAUACGUGACCACCGAUACCACUAUCGCUUUGCCGAUACGACUGCUUCUGUAGAACUAGCAGUGCCACACGGAAUCCUACAGGAUCUGGUGAGCAAGAACUUCAACACACUUAGCGUCGCGGCCGGUCACAACGUCGAGCUGGUUGACCAAGUUGUUUUCCCAUCAGAUGAUGGCGGAAACCGGGUAUUUAGGGGUGCAGGUCAAGGGUUCUCCGUCAAGGAGUCGGAGGGCGUGACAAUGAACUUUGUCCGUGGCGAACUUCGAAACAUCGGGUCCGAAUUCGCAGAAGAUUCAGACUGGAGUGGUUGGAGUGAGGACCAAAACGAAGAAUCUCUAAAAUGGUUGCUGCAACCUGGCGACGUCCUCGGCAUUCACGUAUCCACCGCCUGGUCACACGGGCACAUGGUUAUAGUGCCAAUUGCGGGCAAGAAGCAAGCUAUUUUGAAGCUUGGCAGGCUUGACACCAACUUUACUUUGGAACCCGAUCUCAGCAAGCAAUAUACGUCUUCUCGGGAGUGA